GUUUCAGAUCAUCGAUCAGAAUGUUCUAUGACGAAAGCGCUUUGGGUGAUCGAAAAUCGUCGUGGAUGGACACGGAGCAUCGGGUGAUACUAAAUGUAGGCGGUAUUCGACAUGAAACUUAUACGCAUGUGCUCAAGAAAAUCCCAGCCACAAGACUAUCCAGGUUAACUCCAAAUCUAGCCAACUAUGACCCGGUGCUCAACGAGUACUUCUUUGAUCGUCAUCCUGGUGUCUUUUCUAUGAUUUUGAAUUAUUAUAGGACAGGUAAGCUCCAUUAUCCUACUAAUGUAUGUGGCCCGUUGUUCGAGGAAGAAUUAGAAUUCUGGGGAUUAGACGCCAAUCAAGUUGAACCAUGCUGUUGGAUGACUUACACGCAGCAUAGGGACACUCAGGAUACGCUAGCGGUUAUAGAAUCGUUAGACCUUGACGGGGAUCCUCCAACGCAAGAGGAGAUAGCAAAAAAAUUCGGUUGGGAAGAUGAUUAUUAUUCUGGUACCUUAUCUAAAUGGCAACAAAUCAAACCAAGGAUAUGGGCUCUGUUCGACGAGCCAUGGAGCUCGCAGUAUGCUAGGACCAUAUCCUUGAUCAACAUCUGCUUUGUUGUGUUAUCAAUCGUGUGUUUUUGUUUGAAAACACACCCGUACCUUCGGAUACCUGAUAUUGACGUGGGUUCUUUGAACGUCAGCCAUCCUAGGGCUGUAUAUGUUGGGAAAACUGCCACAAGACCUCACCCAUCGUUCUUCUAUGUCGAAUUGGUGUGUAAUAUGUGGUUUUCUGGUGAAUUUCUAUGUCGGAUGUUAUUCUGCCCCAAAGUUGGACCUUUUCUGAAGACGCCUGUCAACAUUAUUGACUUCAUAGCCACGCUCUCAUUUUAUAUCGACUGGGCACUCGAUAGUGCAUUGUCCGGAGCAAACAGGGACUCUGUGGAGUUCUUUUCCAUCAUUCGAAUCUUGCGACUGUUCAAACUAACCCAACACUCUGUCGGACUAAAAAUCCUCAUACAGACAUUCAAGGCGUCCGCGCAGGAACUGUUCCUGCUGGUGUUUUUCGUUCUGCUCGGUAUCGUCAUUUUUGCUGCUUUGGUCUACUAUGCAGAACGCGUCGAAGACAACCCGGACAAUCAGUUCGACUCCAUUCCGGUCGGCCUAUGGUGGGCUGUAAUAACUAUCUGUACUAUAGGCUUUGGAGAUCUGGUUCCGAAAACAUAUCUUGGUAUGCUCGUUGGCUCCAUAUGCGCGUUGAUGGGUGUAUUAACAAUUGCAUUACCGGUGCCUGUGAUAGUCUCCAACUUUGCUAUGUUUUAUUCCCAUGCACAAGCAAGAUCUAAGUUACCAAAGAAGAGACGACGGGUACUGCAACCCCAUGAAAUCAAACCUAUUGUUGGCAGAUCAACAACGGCAGUUCUCUUAAAUUCAUUGGGACCAAAACCACAUGUUCCAUCCAACAUCGGUGAUGGUUUAGGGGCGUUUGCAACGCCUUUACUGGUAUGCCCCAAUCCAGGAGAGAACAUACGCAAAGGCUCGAACACCAAAGCUAAUAAGAUGUUGUAGCAUUUGUGCGAAAGUUUUGCAUUGUUAAUUUGACUUUACCCAUGCAGAGUGAUUGUAGCAUUUAAAAAGGUUACGCAGUUUUUAAGUUAUACGAGUAAAUUUAUCAAGACAUCGAAUUUAGG